ACAUUUUUGAGCAACGUUACUUUGGGGCAUUAUCAUCGACAGCCUUUUUCCUGUGGCUUUAAAGGUAAAAUCUGAUGAACACUUACAACAUUGAAAACUCUAAGUUGUCAGAGAAUUUGUUGAGAGACACUGAAAAAUCCAGCACAGGGUUACACCCCCACCCCGGCCGAUAAAUUAUUUCAAAUCCAUGUUUGAAUGAUGCCUUGUUGGUACUUCGAGAAGAAAGAAAUUAGGAAUACGCCUUCAAUUCAGGAUGGACUUGAUCACGCUACAGAAGCUCGUUACAGGAGAGAGGGAGCCAGAUUUAUUAUUGAUGCUGGAACAAAAAUGGGGCUGAGAUAUGAUACCUGUGCCACCGGGGUCGUCUACUUCCACAGGUUUUAUAUGUUCCACUCAUUUAAGGAGUUCCAUCGAUAUAUUACAGCGGCAUGCUGUUUAUUUUUGGCGGGAAAGGUGGAAGAGACGCCCAAAAAAUGUAAAGACAUUAUCAAAGUUUGCCAGGCCCUGCUGUCACCUCAGCUCUUUACUGUGUUUGGGGAAGAUCCCAAAGAAGAAGUAAUGACAAUGGAGAGAAUUUUGCUGCAAACAAUUAAGUUUGAUCUCCAAGUUGAGCAUCCAUAUGGAAUACUUCUCAAGUUUGCCAAAGUUGUGAAAGGAGACAAAGAAAAAAUCCAGAAAUUGGUGCAGAUGGCCUGGACUUUUAUUAAUGACAGUUUGUGUACGUGUUUAUGUCUGCUGUGGGAGCCCGAGAUAAUCAGCGUCUCGUUAAUGUAUCUGGCCACGCGACUGACAAAGUUUGAUAUCCAGGACUGGCAUGGACGUGCCCCGGGAACUCGGAUUAAAUGGUGGGAUUUCCUGGUGGAGGACAUCACUGUGGAACUUAUGGAGGAUAUUUGUCACAAAGUUCUAGAUCUGUACUCCUCCAACCCCCAGUCACAGCUCCGUGAGGAUUCUCCUCCCACCACCCCCAUCAAAAAGAGCGAAGUCAGGGACACCCCACCUCCGCCCCCUCCAAACAAACGCAGCAACACAACUACUCCAGUGGAGGGUCUGCCAGAGAAAGCUGUGAAGAAGGAGAGGAAGUCUGACGCGCAUCAUCCUCCAGCAUUGGACAGCCGUCCGCCAAAACAUUCCUCCUCCUCCAAACGCACACCAUCAUUAGACAGUGGACCCCCAGUGUCUAAGACCUCCACAGUCAGUGUUUCCAAGCCCCCACACACAACGGCCCCAUCCUCAGCCCCACUAAACACAAAGCCGGAGUUCUCCACAUUCAACCCUUACAUGGCUUCUCAUAUGUUUUCCUCAUCAUUUAUGUCUCAGGAGGGAAGUAAGUCAAUACAGAACCUGAUGGGUGGAGGAGGAGGAGGAGGAGGAACUGCAGGGAACCCUGCCCCUGCCCCAGAGAAAUACCCUCCCCCACAGACUUCUGUAGCCCCACCAACAGGCCCAGGGGGUCAGUACCCACCCCCUGCUGGCCAAUAUCCCCCCUCUCAGUACACCCAGCCCUCAGUCUAUGCCCCAACAGCCAAUGCCCCCUACAGCCAGCCUCCUCCUGCUGGGACUUCAUACACUGUCCCCCCUCAUGGUGCUUAUCCCCCUCCAGCCACAGCUGCCACAGCCCCAGCACAGUCUUACAAUGUACCCAUUACAAAUCCCCAGAAUUACCCCCAGGGGUCAUACCCCCCUAAUUAUCAGCCCACACCUUAUCAGUAUAACAGUCAACCACAGCAGCCCCAGACUGGAGCCUAUCAACAAAACAUGGCUUAUACUCCCCAAACCCAACCCUCGGCCCCCCAGCAGUAUCCACAACAACCAGUGUUAAAUCCCAGGAUUCCAUUGUCUGGGGCACCUGUACCCCCCAGAAUGCCCAUGCCCAAUCAGCAGAAUCAAGCACGUACUCCAAAUCCCUCCAGCUCCGGGGGACUGACUGUCAGAAUUUCAGGACGGAGAUGAAAAUGGCAAAGAUACAUGUAUUCUGUGACUCCUUUGUUCAUUAAAACAAAAUGGAAUUUUGUGAACUUCAAAGUGUAUGUAUGAAAGAACUUUCCAGUGUUUGGAUCAUGUCUGGGGUAAACAUGUAUUGUAACAAAUUCAAGACAUUGAUUAAAAUCAUAAACAAUGUA